AUGAACGGCAACAUCAUCGAUACAGGCGGAGGAACUUCCCAAUACCAGUCUCUCGGAACAACGUUUGCUCCGACUCGGUAUACCACGGUGCAAGGAUGUGAGUGUUCUCGGCGCUGUGCUCCUAUGCGGUCCCUCCGCUCCCUACACCCUACAGAGGCCAGAGUACUGAAGGCUGAUACUGUUUUCUCGUUUUCAGUCUUCAAGCAGGUAUGCAUCAUCACAAUGCCUUUCUCUCAUUCAGCGAAAGCUAACCUACCCUAUAACUUCCAGGCCGACCCCAAAUUCAAUUCAAAGGGCUACGACCUCCUCGACGACUCCUUCGGCUUGAUCGAGCAAGGUCCCGACCGAUGGCACACUUUUCACGCCCAGAUUGACAAGCUCAACCGCGAGGCGGACAAGCAGACGACGUACAAGGUCGUCUACCUUGCCCGACAUGGGCAAGGCUAUCAUAAUGUUGCUGAGAGCAAGUACGGGACCGCAGCUUGGGAUGCUUAUUGGUCCCGAUUGGAGACCGACGGCAAUAUCACUGUUGGUCCAAUCAGUAUCUGCCCUUUUGCUCCUGUUCGAUGGCAGCUGACUUGCAUUCGGGCUUGUUACACCUGAAGUGGGGGCCUGAUCCCCCGCUCACCCCUCUCGGACGGCGACAAGCUGAAGACAUAAACACAGCGUGGAAGAGACAAGUCGCCGAGGGUGUGCCCUUGCCCGAGCGCCUCUACUCAAGCCCUUUUACGCGAGCGGCGGACACCUUGCAAAUCACCUGGCACGACAUUUUGUUGAACAAGGGGUUGAAGCCUCUGAUUUUGGAACGACUAAGGUAAGGGCCUCGUCUGGCUUGACCGGGAUGAUUCGGGUCUGAUUCCAUCAAACUUAUCUUAGGGAGACGAUCGGUUGUCACACUUGCGACAAGCGCUCGGAGAAGACCAUCAUCCGCGAGCGAUUCCCGACCUACGACAUCGAGCCCGGUUUCUCCGAACACGUUAGUGAUGGGAGUAUGGGAUAGGAUAGAUCUGAACAUCAUGCUGACGUGCAAGGAAGCUGCAGGAUCAACUCUGGAGUACGGACUACCAGGAAUCCCCGCGGCAGCAAGCUCUUCGCAUCCAGCAACAAUUAAACCAAGUGAGCCCGUCCGAGGAGACAUACAAGCCUUCAAACCUGACGAGAGAGAGAGCUCGUUCUUUGGUGGGAUCACAGAUCUUCGACACGGAUCCUUCGACCUUCAUCUCCAUCACGGCCCAUAGUGGAGUUAUCAACGCCUUCUUCCGAGUGGUCGAACAUCCCGACGUUAGUAUUCUGCCCGGGGGGUUCGUCCCUAUCGUUGUCCGAGCAACCAGGUGCGUCGAGCAUAUCCGAGACAAGUGGCUUGAAGUGACUAUACAUUGUUCUGACCCAAGAAGUUAUCACUGGCAGUGACCCGAAUGAGCGAGGACAGUCAUUCGCCGGAGGUCAAGCUGUGUAUGCGGGACCUUUCGAUGGGAAGCUCCCGCCACCGUAA